AUGAUUUCCCCGCUUCUGUGUGAUUUGUCUCUUUCUCGUUGUUCUUGUGUGUAGCAAGCAGUGUCUUAAUUCUCGUGUGUAUGUGUUUGCAUGUGGAUCAGCUCUUUCCUCCCUGUCUGCACUGCAGGAGUGUGCUGAGCAGUCGUGCGCCGGUGCGUGCGUGCAGGAGCUAUUUUAGGCUCUGUGGUGAGACUGCUGCUGCUGCUUUGUGAUGCAGUAUGUCUCCAUGCCCUCUGAAGGACAGUGGAGAUGUUUCACACAGCUGCAGAGCAGCAAACACACCUCCCUGGCUCCUUUCUAGGGAAACGUAACGGAACACCCUCUGAGAUAUGAUAACGCUGUCUGUCAAAGAUGACGUACUUUAACCUAGACACGUGUCUGAAAUCUGCAAUGGUUGAACACAUGCAGUGCAUGCAUCCUCUUCCCUAGUGUGUCAACUUUACCCCCCGUUACUUAAGCCAUCUCUUUAUUUACUCUGCUUGGCAACAGGAACUGUAGUGCCCACCCUUGUCCUCUGAUACUAAGCAUGUUUAUGUAACUGUGCUGGAUGAGUAGCCGGCAGCCGGGUUUUAGAGGGGGAAGAGGAGGAAUCAUCCUGCCAUCCUUUGCCCAGAGAGCAUUCACACUGGUGCUAUGUACUGUAUGGUCGCGCUCAAGAGGCUUUUGUUUGACUUUGGUGCUUUGCAUUGCCGAUAAAAGACAGCAUUUUUGGUGUGUCAUAGUUCCGUAUGAAUCUUAGCGACACGCAAUGGGAGGACAAAGUUGACCUGCUAAUUUUCCAUCUUUGGUGAUAGUAUCACAGCCAUAACGGGCGUAAGAGGCAGGUGGACUUUCUAUAUCAGUGACUUAAUGCAUUGCCUGCAUGCAAGGCAGAUGCUGGUUAUUUGGUUGCAGCAUAUAAUAUUUAGUCUUCAACGUAUUUUUUGUAAGCAGUGGUCAGUGACGUGCAGUCAGGGGAGGCAGGUGAGACUCUAUGAAAACUAUAAAAAAAAUUAAUAACAUAAAAUUAGGGAUCUCGUCCGUAGUCAGCUGAGAUAGGCACCAGCAUACCCCCGCGAUCCUAGUGAGGAUAGGCGGCAUAGAAAAUGAAUGGAUUGAUGGAUAAAAUUGAGGAUGUCCGAUAUUUUUUUGCCGAUAUGCCGAUAUUGUCCAACUCUCAAUUUCUGAUUCCGAUAUCAACCAAUACCGAUAUGUUGGCUGCGGUUGGCGCGGCCCAAGCCCGUGGUUUGAGCUGCGAGGAGUUUCUGCUUGGUGGCCGCACUGGAUGCAUCAAUGACUUUGGCUAGUAUGGGAGCCCAUAGGCCAGCAGUUUUUUAAAUCGUUUUUCAUUCUAGGGAAAACCGGAUACCAAUAUCUAACGAUAUUACAUUUUUAUGUCAAUAUCAGGCCGAUAAUAUCGGUGGGACAUCCCUACAUAAAAUAGAUUUUAAUAUUUGUGUAUUGAAUUGUAUUGUAAAUGUAUUUUCUGUAUGAUUCCAAUCAUUUUUAACACUUUAAGUAAAAAUUGCUGAAUUUGCACAUUUCCUGAUCAAAUACAUGGCAGAAACCUAAGGUGAGGGUGCUGCGAGCAUCUCUUCCCGUGUGUGCACAAGCCCCGCCUAUCAUCUGACUGCACACUGAGUUGAAUCAUGGAGUGUGCCAGUUUCUGUUUGUCAGCAUGUGGCCAAUUAUAUAAUGUCGGAGAAACAUUUAUCAUACACCAUGACUUUCUAUAGCCCGUGUAAUGUCUUUAAUUUAAGUGUGACAUCAGUAUCCUUGAUAGUUGAACAAUGAAAUACACAGAAAUACACAGGAGGCACCUGCAGUACCACUUCAUCCUCAAGCGGUCAAGCGUGCGUGAGCUGGAAGGUCCUUGCAUAGAGGAAAAGCCAGCAUUUUUAGCGUUAAUAACAAUUAAACGCAAACGUCUGUAAAAAUGUGACAAAAUAUAAAAUACACAAACAGUGUUGGCUCGAGCUACAUUUACACACACAUCAAAUGCAACAUAUAUUUUUAUGCUCUGCUGAAUGAAUGAAUUUGAUUGCCAAGAUGGAGGAUUAUACUGUAUAUACAAGCUCACCAGGAAGUGAUACGACUUUUACAACAAAGUAGCACAACUUUUUCUGGACAAGGAGGCUGCAUGUACUUCUUAUCCAGAUAAAUGGUAAGAACACUGAUGUUUAUCAGCUAAUAAAAAUACAUAAACAAAGAUGUAUCUGAAAACAUUUUUUUCACAUUUUUUAACCAAAGUGAAUUAUUAUCUUCUUUUUUGUUGGUUGUCCUCUUAAUGAGCAACCUGUAUUCACAUAUAAAAAAAAAAAAACUCAGAAGGAGACAGUGCCUCACUAGCCAUGAACCUUACCGCACGUCAUUGGCAGUGGUAGUAUGAAGUCAGCAUAUAAUAGAUGCAAUAGUCUGUAUUGAUUUUGUGGGUUCAUGCUGUGGUUGCCUUUGUCUUCUGGGUGCAACUCUUCUUCUUCUGCUUCUUUCCCCCCAAAGCUUCAUGCACGCAUUCCAUAUUGCGCAUUCCCUUCAAAUUGUGUCAGUCACGGAAUGUCUCGAGCAGCAUGCUUGUUGUGUCACUUUUUGUGUGUCUGUAUCUCCCCUCUUCGGUCCUUGUUGUUGGUGGGCCAGGCAAGCUGUCCCUAGUAAAAGAGCACAAGGGGAAUUGUUGUGGCAGCAGCUGCUCUGGUCGCAGUGUGGAGUGCGUGUGCUGCUGUCUCCUGGCCGUGCAGGGCAGACAGUUCACAUGGAGCCGGCUCCUCUUGUGUCCUUUGUUGUCGCUCUCGGGAGUCUUUCCCAUCAGUGCUACCGUAUCUUGCUGUGAGCAGCCAUGGCAGAUUCCGAGUCUCCUCUGACUCUAAUUCAUGUUUUUGUAAUGCUCUCUUCUGCUUUCAACCCACAAAUUGCUUCCAUAUCACCCCCCCUUCACAGCUCCCUGCGUUCUUUUCUGUUCGCCUAAUCUGCUUUUUUCCUCUUCUUUUGCUCUCCCUUUGGCCCCUCCAUCCUCCCACUGCCUCUUUGUCUUCAUUCAUCCAUCCAUCCAUUUUCUCUACCACUCUCUACCAGCUGCUGAUAGGCAAGAUACACCUGGGGUUUAUCACUUGUCAAUCACAUUGAUACAGAAAACCAUUUACACUCACAUACUUACCGCCUAUUUAGAAUCUUGAAAAACUUUAAGCUAACAUGCUAUACAUGUUAGAUUAUAUAUAUAUACAUACAAAGUACAGGGAGAACAUGGAAACGCCACACUGAAAAGUCUGUUCAUUUGAGACUCUAAGCCGGAAUAUUGUUAUCUGCUGUGAGUCAGUACUGCCAACAAAUGCACCACAAGGUGUUUCAAAUACCAAAUCCAUGUGUUAGGACCACUCCUCAUCAAGAGUACGUAGCCCAUGUUCAUGCAUGACACCAUGGGUAGCUCCCCCGAAGUGCUCUCAUGGACGACCUGUCCCAGCAUGCUGGUGGGCAAGCUAAAAGAGGAGCUCAAACUCAGUGUGGUUGGGGAUUCCAUGAAGAAAUCGAACACACCUAACUCUCAGGCGCAGCCUCCUCCGCCCCCUCCUUCUAUAUUACCCCCUCAAAUAAUCACGGACUUGGUCCCACCGACCCACCUGCCCGUACCCCUGAAGACUCUGCAGCUACCCAACCAGGAUGAGGACUCUGUGCUCGGGGGCUUAAGUCCCACAAACAUGGCCUUGAGCGUUGACUCCAUGCGGAGUGAGGGUGGCCACUUUGACAACAGUGUGCUCCAGCUGCAGGAGCAGGACCACGAGGAAGCGGGCUCGCCAGCCUCCUGCGAGCAUGGAGGGCGUGGGAGUGGAAUGGAGGACCACACAGGAGAUAGGGACUGUCAUAUGGACCACAACGGCGAGGGAAGACAAAGUCACCAGCAUCACCCCGAUGACAUCAAGCUACACUUCCACAGAGCAGGGCCCGGGUCGGGUGGCUUUCUGGAGGGACUGUUCGGCUGUCUCCGGCCAGUCUGGAACAUCAUAGGAAAGACAUAUUCCACAGAAUACAAGCUACAACAACAAGAUAUGUGGGAGGUUCCGUUUGAGGAAAUCUCAGAGUUGCAGUGGCUCGGUAGCGGCGCUCAGGGAGCCGUCUUCCUUGGCAAAUUCCGCUCUGAAGAAGUAGCCAUCAAGAAGGUGCGUGAACAGAAGGAGACAGACAUCAAGCACCUGCGGAAACUCAAGCAUCCCAACAUCAUCAGCUUUAAGGGUGUGUGCACUCAGGCACCUUGUUACUGCAUUAUUAUGGAGUACUGCGCUCAAGGGCAGCUCUAUGAGGUGUUGAGAGCAGGACGGAAAGUGACCCCCAGGCUGCUGGUGGACUGGGCCUCUGGCAUCGCCAGCGGCAUGAACUACCUGCACCUUCAUAAGAUCAUCCACAGGGAUCUCAAAUCUCCCAAUGUUUUGGUCACCCACAACGACUCUGUGAAAAUCUCAGACUUUGGAACGUCCAAAGAGCUCAGUGACAAAAGUACAAAGAUGUCUUUUGCUGGUACGGUGGCCUGGAUGGCACCAGAGGUGAUCAGAAAUGAGCCUGUGUCUGAAAAAGUGGACAUCUGGUCGUUUGGAGUUGUGUUGUGGGAACUGCUGACUGGAGAGAUCCCCUACAAAGAUGUGGACUCCUCUGCUAUCAUCUGGGGUGUCGGAAGCAACAGUCUUCACCUCCCCGUCCCCUCCACCUGCCCGGAUGGCUUUAAAAUCCUCAUGAAACAAACAUGGCAAGGCAAACCCAGGAAUAGACCAUCUUUCCGUCAGAUCCUCCUGCACCUCGACAUUGCCUCGGCUGACGUUCUGGGAGCUCCUCAGGAGACGUACUUCAAGUCCCAGGCUGAAUGGAGGGAGGAAGUGAAGAAACAUUUUGAGAAGAUCAAAAGUGAAGGCACAUGCAUUCACAGGCUGGAUGAAGAGCUGAUCAGACGCAGAAGGGAUGAACUCAGGCAUGCACUGGACAUCCGGGAACACUAUGAGAGGAAACUGGAGAGAGCCAACAACCUUUACAUGGAGCUCAGUGCCAUCAUGCUGCAGCUGGAGGUCCGAGAGAAAGAACUCAUGAAGAGAGAGCAAGCGGUGGAGAAGAAAUACCCUGGGACCUACAAGCGGCACCUGGUCAGGCCCAUCGUGCGGUCAAAUGCUGUAGAAAAGCUGAUAAAAAAGAAAGGAAGUAUUUCCCACAAACCUGGGGUGCCCCCUGCCAAAAGGCCUGACUUGCUUCGUUCCGAUGGGAUCCCGAGUAUGGACCCCCUCCCCUCCCCCUCACCACUGUCCGCCAGCCCAAAGGUCUCCACGCCUCCUGGCAAGUCCCGCUACCGAAGCAAGCCUCGUCAUCGCCGCGCCAACAGCAAAGGAAGUCAUAGUGAGUUCCUCGGGGUGCUGAAACCUGCUGCAGGGAUGCCAGAAGAUGCCCAGUCACAACAGGAGCCCCCUCAUCACCACCAUCACCUCCCCCUGCCUACCGAAGCACCCCAGCUCCCACUGAAGGGACGUGAAGAGGCCGUUGUGAACUGUGCCAAUAACUUGCGUUACUUUGGCCCUGCCGCUGCUCUCCGUAGCCCCCAGACUGAUCACCUGCAGCGCCGUGUUUCCGGUUCCAGCCCCGACCUCAUCUCCACGGCGGUGGAUGCAGACACACGUCAACGGACUUCAUCCACUAGCUCCAAUCCCUUAUUAGGUACUGGUGCUGGGUCUAUGUGUCCCUGCUGCCAGGCUCACCCCUUCCCUGGAUGCCUUCACUGUCAGGAGACCCCUCCUGCAUCCAGCCAGACAGAGCCGCUCCAUCUUCAUGAAGGCACACAGCCGUCUUUGAGGGCUCCCAGCAAAGAUCCAGGUUCUGAUGAAGACGUCUCUAACAAAGCAGAGGCUCAGAAACAGGAGGCCUUUCACAAUACACACACCCUUCCGACUGCACUUCCCCGCACACUCAGACCUCUGAGGAAGGGUGGCGAUGAGUCAUCUGAAGAGGAGGAAGGAGAGGUGGAUAGUGAAGUGGAGUUCCCAAGGAGACAGAGACCCCAUCGCUGUAUGAGCAGCUUCCAGUCAUACUCCACCUUCAGCUCGGAGAAUCUGUCUGUGUCUGAUGGAGAGGAGGGAAACACCAGCGACCACUCCCACAGCGGACCGCUGGAGAGGCUGAGCGCCAGCCAGGAGGAGCACCUGGACGAACUGCUGUCGCACACGCCGGACAUCCCCAUUGACAUCUCUACCCAAUCAGACGGCUUGUCUGACAAGGAAUGCGCCGUCCGCAGGGUGAAGACACAGAUCUCCUUGGGUAAACUGUGCUCGGAUGAACACAGCUAUGAGAAUCCUCUUCAGUUUGGCGAAUCAGACUGUGACUCGUCAGAAGCCGAGUGCUCAGAUGCCACUAUUCAGAACAACAAAGGGGCCCCGUCUUCGUGGUAAAUCCAUACAUUUUUACUUUUUUUUUUUUUUUUUUUGCCUGGCACCAAUAGCGUCCCACUGGGUACUGCAGAGACUACAGCAAUAAGAGGACAACAAUGUCAAAAACAGAAAUCCUUAUAGCAAUCUCAACCAGAGCCCCCCUCCUCCUUUUACCAUGCCUUCAUACCGUUCCCCUCAUGUUCAGCACAGCAUUCAGGCAACCCGUGGCAGGGAUUCCCUUUCAGAAUGAAAAUGUACAGGAGAUCGUGUAACAUUCAUCAUUUAUUUUUUACUUCUGAAGGACAAUUCAGGUCAUCAGCGUGACGAAAAAGACUCUUAAUGAGAAACAUUUUGCACAAUUUGCAAAUUGUGAGUUGAGACUGCUGUUGGACAAAGACACAUGUGGUGAUAGUGAGAAUGAUUCAUUGAAGCGUUGAUCGGUUUAAGGCUGACGGCAAGCGGUGGCGAGUUACAUCACCGUUAAUCUCUCAGGUGACCCAGAUGUGGAGCAUCACUACAUGCCUUUAUCUGGCUGAAGUCACUGUCUUCAUUUUAUUGGUUUACAAAUCCAAAAUCGGCACGCACCGCCUUCUGGUACCAAAACAUCAUCACCUGGUUUUAUUAUCAGUGUACGUUGCAGAGAGCAGGUCUUGCAUCUCCUGUCCAAACCUUGCCUCCAAGCAGAACAAGGUGGGGCGUCCGCAAAGCUAGAAUUAUAAACACCAGCAUGACCAACCUGCCUCGUAGUCGGACUCCAUUAUGUGUCAUCAGGACCCUUGCUGUGACUGCCCUCGGCAUGCAUGUGCAGCUUGCAAUGUGCAAUAGGCUGCCGGAAGACUGCAUUAGGUGGACACGCUAACACGCUGAAGCAAAGGAUGCAAACUACGAUUUAACAAAACGAUGACGAUAUCCAGCUCAUCCUUUUUUUUUUUUUUUUUUGUCAUCAUGAAGAUAUCUAUAAGUGAGAACACACAAAACCCCGCCCACUCCACUCAAGUCUCAUCUCAGGAUUGCACGAGGACCGGCAAAAACUGGACUGGACCAAUUACUGUUUGUCAGAAUGUUUGAAUCGUGCAUAUUUGUAUUGUUGCAACCAUUCGUUUUUACCAUACAGUAUAUCCUCAAAUAGUACCCUCCACUCUAAUGGACGCCGUGCCUCUAUUAGUCACUGGGUGUGUCCACCUGCAGUGUCCGCAUUGGUGGCUGUAAUUACCUUUCAGUACACUAAAGCUGGAUUUAGUUAGCCAGCAAUGGUGUAGCUAGUAGCACUAAAUAAUAAUGUGACAUCAUAGCAGCAGGACCACGUGUAACUUGCCAACGAACAAAGAAGCCACACUAAUGUCUCAUAAUUAUCUCUCAGUUUUUUUACACAGCACUUUGUUUUCUUCACAGUAGCACAUCAGCAUGGUCUUACAGCCGUACACCAAGCGCAAAGUAAUCACACAAGCAGGAAACGAUACGUUCCGCCUCCGACUGCACUGUAUUAUUUAUAGCAAAUUCAAACUGCUAAUGUGAAACAAUUACACAUUCCAUUCACACUGUUACACAAAGCAACAAGUAUCUGUCGCCCAAUCAGCAGCAGGUCUAGCUCCACCCUUAUGCAACCCUCUGCAGGAACUCCUUUAUUUGAGGAUAUGCGGUAUAGCUGGUUGCAGGUGCAUUAUCCCUUUCCAUUUCAUUUUUCGAUGCAGCGUCUCCCAUCUAACACUUUCUAGCAGGGUAAUUGUUUGCAAAUAUUUUCCAGCAAAGGUGAUUAGAGACAUAGGUUGCUUGCUCAGGAUCAAGAAUGUCUAGCAGGCUAGACCCGCAGUGAAUGGUGGCUAGUGGAACUCAAGAAAUAGCUUUUUUUUUUUUUUUUUUUUUAACGCUCAGGCUUGAGGUUGCUGGUUGAGCGCAGGAGCAAUAUAACAGCCGCUAGAUGGCGACAAAUGCAAUGACAUGUAAAUAUACUGCACUGCUGCUUUUUAUUAUUGAGUUGAUGCUCUUCACCACAUAAGAUCAGCAAUGUUGUACUAGUUUGAGUUUGCUGUGUUUAAAAAGGGAUACAAUAUCUGUAAUGAUUUACAUUUUUUAUUCUUAUUUUGGUGACUGGAAAAGCAAAGAAAAGCAAAGCGAAACGUAGUGUGGCUUUCAUUAGUGUCAGCUCAAGUGUACGUAUGCAGGACAGUGGCUAUAAGGAAUAUAAGCCAGAGAUAAAUAAGGCAUCAUUUUAAUUUUCAGCAACCUAAUUUCAGUGUUAUUUUCCUCUGUUUAUAAACAUCAGUAAAUGCAACUCUGACUGAGCUUUUGCCGCUAAUGAUCAUCUUAAACCAGCUGAAAAGAAGCAUUUUUAUGAUGUGUUUUACAUCAGUAUUGAACUCUUCAGGUGCACUGGCAGCAGAGAUGAACCUAAGAUUUGUAAUUACUGUUUUUUUCUUUGCUUUAAAGCUUCACAAAGGCCGCUGCCUCGGUUUGAGCCACCCACAUCCAUCUCCGUUGUGUUUUAUGUGAAUUAACUUUGUGUGUUGUAAUCUGAUCAAGCUGUCGAUCCUGUGAAGUAUGAUUGUCGUGUAAUGUUUACUUCCAUUAUUUUAUUUUGUAGCUGGCCUACACUAUUAUUGAAUAAUUUAUUAUGAAUGAUGUGCAAGUGUUCUUUUUCAUUUCUGGCAGCUUCUUCUUGAAGAAUUAUUUUAAAAAAGAGCACAAUGAACAGGUAUGAGGACAGUAUUAGUUUUGUCUUUGGGGGAUCAAAUCAUUUGAAGUAUUGAUGUACACUGCACUUGGCAACAUGCAUUGUACUCUCAACAUAUCUUUUCAACAAAAGCCAAUCAGGGGACACAAACACAGGGUCAACAAGACCGCAGACAUGAAGGUAUUUGGGUUUUAUUUUCCUUUCUGCAGUUUUCUCUCUUAUUUAAUGCAAAAUACCAAUUUGUGUCUGAAUCUCUGUGAAGCUCUUUCUAACCGUGGACAUCAUGUGGCCUCAUACCAAGUAUCCAGUAACUGUUUCUUUACUGCACUCAUUUCUAGCUCCUCUUCCGUUUGAAUGGCAUUACGAUCAACCAGUCCUCUCAUGUUGGAUUCCUGUAUUUUCCAGAGUACAGUACAGUGGAUAAUCUGGGAGAAUAUAAUCCAAGCAAGUAAUGCAUGGAAUAAAUGC